AUGGCGGACGUGUUGACGUAUCGCAGCAACGGACCGAAGCGGCCAAUGAGGCGUCUAGAUGAAGAAUGUGACAUACUUUAUACCAAAUGUCUGCGAGAAGAAAACCCCAGAGUCGAUUUCACUGUUUCAAGUGAGAUUAAUAAGAAAUUACUCGAAAAGGAAAUAUGGAAAAAGCAUAUUUCAAAAAGUCCAAGUGUGGAGCUUGCAUCAGCUACUGCUUCAGGAAGCGGCAUCAUAGGCAUGAUUGACACGUUUCACAGACCCGCAGAUGCCAGUGCAGAAGGCACCUAUACUCGAGCUGGAUCAUAUGUGGAUGGUUUUGAAAACAAACCAGGAAGGAGGAUUCCCAAAGCUGGAGUCUAUGCGGAAGCAGGAGUCGGACGAUACAGUGCUGAAUACAGUGUAUUUAGGUUUGAAGCCAAAGGUCCAAACGCCUCAGUUGUCGCUGAAGCCACUGCGGCUAGACUCGGGGCCGGAGCAAUGGCUCAGGCUGAAAUUGCCAGUGCGUCAGUUAGUGCUGGUCCAGUUGAUGUGAAAUUAGGACUUGGAGUCGACACGGGUGCAUAUGUUGGUUUGGGUGGGGUGGAGGCCAAAAUACUGGGAAGUGGAGCCUCAAUUGGUCCAAAAAUCAGUGUAUCUCUUCUGGGUUCAGAACUCUCAUUUUCAUUCUAGUCACACAGGUAUCAAUAACCUUUGAAUAUUUACGUGUAAUAUUUUACUAUGUCUAAAUUUAUCCUAAAAACCCAUUUACUGUCUCAGUUUUGACUGCUCUCAUUAGGAGUCGUCACAGCGGCUCGUCUGGACAUCUAUUUGUCGCAGGUUUUCCUGACACAAUCUAAAACUGACAUCCUGAAAACCCAUCAACUACUACUAAUAUUUAACUCACUUAAUUAAUCAUUCAAAUUGUUCUCUAUAUUUAAACAUGACUGUUAUAGUUGCAUAUCACUUUUUAUAAUUCAUUUAUAUCAUCUAAUGUAUACAAUUAUCACAUUGUAAGACUAUUUUUCUAUGUUCCUGUCCCCAUUUAGGAACAUGUACCUUGUUAUCUGUCAAAAUGUCAACUAUUAAACUCACACUUGUGUGUCUAAUGGCGCUUUUCCACUGCGUGGUACGACUCGGCUCGGCACGGUUCAGAACGGCACGGCAAGGCUCAGUUCGGCUCGGUUUGUGUUUCCACUGCAGUUUAGUACCGCUUUAGAGUGGGCAGGAUUAUUCACGUGUCGUUAUAGUUGCGCCGCCUCUACUGCCGUGACUCCUGAAAAACGUUUUAAUUCCGCGUCGCUCCAUCAGGCUCUCGCUGAAUCCGCUCCUCGGCUAUCAAUGAGAGGACAGUCUGUACUUCCUCGACAGCCAUUUUUUGGUUCUUAAAAGAAAGGUGCGCCCAUUCAAAACAGUUGCAUUCGAUCCUUCGCUGGCUGCUGAUUUAAAUCUAGCGGGUCUGUUGUGUCUCAGUGCCGCAAGUUCAAUGACGCAAGCAGUGACGAUUUUCUCCAGCCAAUCAGUGAUCAGCAGAGUUUACACGUCACGUUUUGGUAACGUUAUGGUUCACUUGGAACCUCGGCUGAGGUGGUACUAAAAAAAGUACCAGGUACCAGGUACUAUAUCCAGUGGAAAACCCCCCAAAAGUGAGCCGUACUGAACCGUACCGUGCCGUACCAUGCAGUGGAAAAGCGCCAUAAUUUGGUCAUAUAUCUUAUAAUAUUAUGAUUCUCUAAUUACUGCUAUUCUUCAAUUCGAGCUGGUUUGUCAACCUCUUUAUUAUUACAAUAUGCUUAUUGCUGUGGGGUUUUUUUUUUUUUUUUCGUUUUUGUUUUUUUUAGAGUGGCCUGGUUGGUGUAUAAUAGUAAGGUCAAGAACUUGUAAUAUUUCCUGAAUCUUCUCAGUGAAAUCAGCAUGUUUAGUUUAUUUACCUUUCAAAUUGGUAAAAUGUUCUCCUUUGAAUUGUUUUCAUUUUAAAAUCAAUAAAAACCUGUUAGUGUCUGUUAUUGGGAUGUCUUGUGAAAUGCCCAGUUCUUUUUUUUUCCUGAGUGCCCUUGAAACUCCC